ACGUGCAACACAGCGGAACGUGAGUGGUCAAAGGAAAGAGAGAAAGUACGGCGGAGAUCUACAUUUGAAGGAAACCAGCUCAGACAUGUCAGGCCGCGGAUGAUGUCCAAGCACCCUCAACCCGAGAGCUCCAGUUUUUUUUCUCUUCGCCAGAACGCUCGCCUACCGGUGGACACGCGAGCACUUGCCAGCUUGAGCUGCCCAAAGCGUCUGUCUGGUGGGCCGAACAAGCGCCAAACAUCGAAAGAUUCGGGGCAUCAGAGCGACCGUGGGGCAAUCGCGUUGAAUUCUAACGACAAAGUCCAAAUCCAACUUCUGAAUCGAAGCCGGCCUUGCAGCACCGCCAAAUCCCGACACGCUCUUUUCCAUCCAUCAGACCUCGUUUCCGAACGCGUUUUUCGAGAAGGAUUAUGA